AUGCAAGCAGCCAAAGAAGCAUUGGUCAAAGGUGUGCAGCAGCAAACGUUCCACGAAGAGUUGAAGGCGUUAAAAAACAUGCGACCACUUCUAUCACAUUCAGCAUUGAAAUAUCUUCGUCCAAUAAUUGAUAACAAUGGAAUCCUUCGUGUCGGUGGCCGGCUUCAACACUCCGAAGAAGUGUACCAAGCCAAGCACCCUAUGAUUCUCCCAAACGCAUUUAUCGCCGCUUUACGUCGUUUCAUAGCACGUCGUGGUUUGCCUCAACAAAUUCAUUCCGAUAAUGGAACUAAUUUCAAGGGAGCAAAAAAUACUCUACUGGCACUGUAUCAUAUGCUCAACGAUAAACCUAGUCAUAAAAAAAUUGUUAAUGAAUGUGUCAAUAGAGGCAUUCAAUGGAAAUUCAUACCCCCUCGAGCACCCAAUUUCGGAGGGCUAUGGGAAGCAGCAGUAAAAACAGCAAAAACUUCGUUGAUCAAAACGAUCGGUCAAUGUAAACUAUCGUACGAAGAUUUCGUCACUCUAUUAACGCAGAUCGAGGCCAACAUGAACACUCGUCCACUUACUCCACUUUCGGAAGAUCCUUCUGAGCUCGACGUGUUAACUCCAGGACAUUUCCUUACGGGAUCAUCAUUGGGAACAUUACCAGAUCCAGAUUACACUAAAAUACAACCCAAUCGAUUAAAACACUAUCAGCAAUUACAGCAGCUAAUUCAACAACAUUGGGUUCGAUGGAAAAAGGAGUAUUUGACCGAAAUAAACAGCCAACAUCAUAAAUCUUCAAAAUCGGUCCAAUUAGAAGUAGGCCAACUAGUUUUAGUGCGAGAUGAUAAUAUGUCAUCAAUCUCUUGGCCUCUUGCUCAAAUCAUCACCACUUAUCCUGGUCAAGACGGUCACUCCAGAGUGGUAACAGUGAAAACUGCAGCUGGUGUUUACACACGUCCAGUAUCCAGAAUUUAUCCACUUCCGAUGAACACCGACAUGCAGCCGCAACAAGAAGAUACUCAAGGGGUAGCAGCAUCCACUAAUGAAGACACAAAUUGUUCCUUUUAA